AAUGGCUCAGAGAACCUGUGCUGGAUUUAAAGAGCUGAGAUUUCUUCUGCUGCUAUGACCACAAAAUGGGGCAUCUGUGCUGCGGGGAAGAUAAGCAAUGACUUCAUGGUAGCUUUGCAGACCCUGCCAGCUCAGGAUCACCAGGCUGUCGCUGUUGCAGCUAAAGAUCUGAAACGGGCUAAAGAAUUUGCCCGAACUCACAAUAUACCAAAGGUGUACGGCUCAUAUGAGGAACUUGCCAAGGACCCAAAUAUUGAUAUCGUCUAUGUUGGUGUCCUGCAUACAGUACAUCGAGAAGUAGUGUUGAUGUUCCUGCAGAACAAGAAAAAUGUCAUGUGUGAAAAACCACUGGCCAUGAACUCAGCUGAGGUUAAAGAGAUGACUGCUGCGGCAAGGAAAUACAAUGUCUUUUUUAUUGAGGCAAUGUGGAGUCGCUUCUUUCCUGUAUAUGAUCAGAUCCGCACCCUUAUAUCCCAGAAAGCCAUAGGAGAUAUCAAAGUCGUGCGGGCAGAAUUUGGUUCCAACCAAUAUCAUGUACCUCGGGCAGUGGGGAAGGAACUAGGCGGUGGAGCACUCCUGGACAUUGGAUGUUACUGUAUACAGUUUGCAUUGAUGGUAUUCAACGGUGAAAAGCCGGAGUCUGUGACAGCUAAAGGUUUUCUAUAUGAGACUGGGGUCGAUGAAACAGUAACCAUUAUACUUCAAUACCCCGGUAAAAGGCAAGCCAUCCUUACCAGCACUAUCAUGGUUGGAAUGCCAAAUCAGGCUGCCAUAUGUGGUUCUACAGGCAUGAUCCAGGUUCCUUCAUGCAUGUGGUGCCCGACUUCAGUAAUCCUUAACGGGAAAGAAACAAAAUAUCCUCUGCCCCAGUCAGCAAAGGCCAUGCAUUUUACAAACAGCACAGGACUAAGCUAUGAAGCUGAACACGUACGCCAGUGUUUACUUAAAGGAUUAAAGGAAAGUCCCCUAAUGACCUUGGCUGAUAGCGAACUAUUGGCCACCAUUAUGGAGGAGGUUCGCAAACAGCUUGGUGUAAGAUUUCCACAGGAUAAAGCUUGAAGCUUCUAUGUUCACUAGCUGCAAGUGAUAAUCGUAUAUUAAGAAAUGUAACUGGAAAAUAAAAAGUUUUGUUGAAA